GGGAGGGACACGGUACAGAAGCUACCAUGAGGAUAUGACUGAAAAGGAACCUAAGCAGAUAAUACUCUCUCCUGUGGUUUCUUCACCACAAGACUUGGUCAGCACUUUAUACAGACAAGAAUGUUUUGACUGCCUGAGCACUUGACUGGCUUUCUCCAUCUGUACCCUGUGAGGGAUCCAGGAGGAGAAUCGCCACCUCUGUAAGGAUCAUCAAUAUCAACUUUACAUGGAUGAUUGUUUCUACCUAUCACCACAAGUAAAAGAUGAGUAAUUCCAGAAUCAGGAUACAUAAAGAAACAGAUCCUUCUUGGAAAAAUCAUCAUUUAUUUUAUUUAUGCAGGCAGUUUUCGAAGAAUAGCCUGUGAUCAAGAAAUACAAAUUGUGGUCAAAAUAAUAUGCGAACAGAUCAUGAAGAACUGUGUGGCAGCAGUUAUGGAUCUUUCUGUCUGAAUGGUGGGAUUUGUUACACAAUACCUACUGUUUCCAGUCCUUUUUGCAGGUGUGUUGAGAAUUAUACAGGAGCUCGUUGUGAGGAAAUUUUGCUCCCUAGCAUCAAGAGUCAUACAAGAGGUGAACUGUUUGCAGCUGUUUUGGCUUCAGUGGUCGUUCUGAGUGUCCUGGUAGCUGGUGCAUUCUUCUUUCUUUGCAGGAAGGGCCAGAUCCUACGUACCAGUUCAGUAGAGCGUGGUGACAAUCUGAUUGGGAGAAACAGCAGCAAUGGUUGCAAUAAGAUAACGGAAUAAAGAAAUCAAAGCAAGAAACUAUGGAGCAGCAACACGCAAAAUAGCCAUAGAAAAACUAAAACCAUGUUGGAGAAUAUGGUAAGAAGACUGAACAGAGAAGAUAUCCAAGACAAAUAGGUGUUGUAUAAAUCAGAGAAAAGUUGUCUAUUGAACCUAUCAGGACAGUAAUAUUUAAAAGAGAUCCUGGUUGCUUGAAAGAAAGAGGCAUUAUGUACAAAUGACUUAUUUGUGAAUUUUAGUUGUGUUUUUCCAACAUGUGUUUCAAACUAUUUUUGAUUUAAUUAUCUAAUAUGUAUUGAUAGGUAAUGAGAUAACAGGAUUCUAUUACACUGCAAUCAUGUUACUAGAAAGACUUAAUGUCAUCAUAGAAUUAGGGGAAGGAUGCAUAUCCAGUAGUCUGAAUUUCUAUUUAAGAUACCUGUCCAGAAGAAUUUUUUUGAACAUUGCAUGAAAACGAGAGCUGUGAACUAUGGAUGGAAGAUAUUUAGGCAUUUUUCUUUGAUAUGCAUCCCUAAUAUUAGACACAGGGACUUUCUUGAUUCUGUUCUUCCUGUCCUGACAUUUUCUUUAGAGAAACUUAUUGUGGAACAUAUAACCACUAAUUUAAACCUAAGAGUAGAGAACAGGGAGAAUUCCAGUCCCACUGAUCCAUAUUUAAAACAAAAUAUUUACCAUUGGCUUACACUGCCCUUGAAAAAUAGGGGGAAUUACUCAUUUUGUUCAUGUCCAAAUUUAGCACUCACCCUAGGAGACUCUAAUCAUGCUUGCAUAGAGUGGUUUCUGGAUGCUAUAAAGAAAAGAGAAUUGGUAUGGUUGACCAACGUAUAUGCCAUGAUGACAUGUAGAUAUAAGAAAAGUAAUGAUUGCUAGGAAAUGGGAGCUGAAAAAGCUGUUAUUCAAGAGAGUUGUCAUACUAAACGUUCUGAGCAGAAAAGCUAAUAUUUAUGUCAGUAAUAACAAAAAUAGCAAGUUCCUUGCCAUGAUAAACCAGGAGCCUUAUAAAACAGUACUAAAGGAGAGUAUCAUUGAUACAGCUGCUACAAUCAACAAGGAAAAAAAUACAGAACAGAAGUUUCUUCUUUGGAUAGAAGAAUAGUUGAAUUCAAUGAAGAAUCAGUUGAAAGGAAAAUUGUGAAAAAACAUACAUCCCUUAAGGGAUCCCUUAAGUCCUUAAGGGACAUCUCAUUGUUCUGUUUUUGGGAAAGAUAGUCCACACUUUCUACCAGAACAAACAGGAACAUUAUGGGAUGCAGAAUGAAGACCACCAAAUAACAACAUGUAGGCUUUGGUGGAAAAAAGAAUAAAACAUUAAAAUGGCUAUCCGAAAGCAAAAUAUGAAUGCUCACCAUAAAUCAACACUUAUUAUGCUGAAAAGCCCACUGCUUUUCUUGAAUACUACAUAACAUUCAUAACAGUCAAAUCAAUCUUUGGGUUCUUAAGGAAAGCACAUGUGAUAGAUGACUUGUGUUGUUUUAAUGAUAUUUGUUAACCACCCUGAAUUACAGUGGAGAGAUACUAAUUUUUUAAAAUAAUAAUAAUAAAAACAAUCUUCUAAUAAA